AUGUCUCCUGGCUUUCAUGUGCUUUGCAAGAAAACAACAGGUGAAGUUGGCAAGCUUUCGCCUCCCCCUCAUCCGGCACCACUUUCUUUUUACCCCGGGAAUACGGGUACGGAUGGGGAUGAGCUUCUCCAGGUUUCCUCCCUCCCCGAGCUACCUACGUCAAAACACCACCCAAACCCACAGCUAAGCAUUGUCUCGAAGACGCAGAAUGCCGAGGCCCCGGCCGCUAAGAGGACGGUCGAGCACUUUUGA